AGCACGAGUGGGAGUAGAAAUAAAAUCAUCCAAAGACACACUUUCUCGCAGAGUGGGACAGAAACUGUUCUCCUCUUUAUUUCACUGAAAGCUAAAUCAGAACUCAAUAGCUUCAUCUCAAAGGAAAAAUAAAGCGGCCCGACCAACCAGCAUAAUGAGUACUGAAGAAUCCAAAAGAAGCAUCACCGGAGGUCUGGUGGCUAAACCCAUCUCAGAUGAUCGGAAAGUCUCUCCAGCUUCAGCUCCCACCGCCAAGAAAAUCAUCAUCAAGAAUGCUGACAUGAAAGAUGACAUGCAGAAAGAGGCCGUCGAUAUUGCCAUCGCUGCAUUCGAGAAGCUCAAUGUAGAGAAGGAUGUAGCUGAGCACAUAAAGAAGGAGUUCGAUAGAAGGCAUGGACCCACUUGGCAUUGCAUCGUUGGUCGGAAUUUUGGUUCAUAUGUGACUCAUGAGACAAACCACUUUAUUUAUUUCUAUUUGGACCAGAAAGCAGUUCUGUUAUUCAAAUCUGGGUGACGAGGAUGGAGACCCAUCACGAAGAUAGGGACAGCCAGUUCAUGAUCAUUAUGCUAUAUAGUUAAUGGUUGCUGUAUGUAUUUAACCAAAUCUUCUGGCAUCCAAAAACUCUAGCCAGAGAUUACUGUGCUCAAGUUGUAUAUUUAAUUUUAUUUGAAAUGGUUUGGAACUUUGGAUUGAUGUCUUUCAA